GGGUUGUUGGGCGUGGGGACAAAAACGAGAGAUGUAAAAUUGCAAAUCGAUCCCAUAGUUGGCGGUGGUUGGUGAAACUCACAUAUCUCCCACUCCCAAUUCUUACCUAUAUAUACUAUACACAAACCCCCUCACUCUUUGUAGAUCUACCCCAACCCAUUAUCAUCACAUAUUACUAGAGUCUUGCAGCAGCUCAGCAGCUGCUACAUUUCUUCCUGCUGUGUCCAAGAUCUGAUUGAUCAUGAAGGUGAUUGACAAGAUUCGCGAGAUCUCGUCCUCCAAUGGGGAAGACAACAAAGUGGUGUUCUCGUUCGAGUUCUUCCCCCCCAAAACAGAGGAAGGAGUCGAGAAUCUGUUCGAGAGAAUGGAGAGAAUGGUGUCGCACAAUCCCACGUUCUGUGAUAUUACUUGGGGGGCUGGGGGUUCGACAGCUGAUCUCACACUUGAAAUCGCGAAUCGAAUGCAGAACAUGGUCUGUGUGGAGACUAUGAUGCAUCUGACUUGUACGAACAUGCCUGUGGAUAAGAUUGAUCAUGCUCUGGAUUCUAUCAAGUCUAAUGGGAUUCAGAAUGUGCUUGCUCUCCGUGGGGACCCUCCUCAUGGUCAGGAUAAGUUUGUUCAGAUUCAGGGGGGCUUCUCUUGUGCUCUUGAUCUUGUCAAGCACAUUCGAUCCAAGUACGGUGAUUACUUUGGCAUUACUGUUGCAGGCUAUCCAGAGGCACAUCCAGAUGUUAUACAGAGCAAUGGUGUGGCUACAUUGGAGAGCUAUCAAAAUGACCUUGCCUAUCUCAAAAGAAAGGUGGAUGCUGGUGCUGAUGUUAUUGUCACACAACUUUUCUAUGAUACUGAUAUUUUUCUCAAAUUUGUGAAUGAUUGUCGACAAAUUGGGAUAACUAUUCCCAUAGUCCCUGGCAUCAUGCCGAUCAACAAUUAUAAGGGUUUCCUCCGCAUGACUGGAUUUUGCAAAACCAAGAUACCAGCUGAUGUCACAGCUGCCUUGGAGUCCAUCAAAGACAAUGAAGAAGCUGUCAGAGCCUAUGGAAUUCACCUCGGAACAGAAAUGUGCAAGAGGAUUAUGGCUUCUGGGAUCAAAACAUUGCAUCUUUACACAUUAAACAUGGAGAAAUCGGCCUUGGCGAUAUUAAUGAAUCUGGGGCUGAUUGAAGAGUCCAAAAUUUCAAGGACCUUACCUUGGAGACGCCCAACUAAUGUUUUCCGUGUAAAAGAAGAUGUCCGCCCAAUAUUCUGGGCUAAUCGUCCAAAAAGUUACAUAUCAAGGACUAUAGGUUGGGAGCAAUACCCACAUGGUCGAUGGGGUGAUUCUCGUAAUGCUUCUUAUAGUGCUCUUGCUGAUCAUCAGUUCAUGAAACCACGUUCACGUGAUAAGAAACUUCAUGAAGAAUGGGUUGUUCCUUUGACGAAAGUUGAAGAUAUCAAUGAGAUAUUUAACAAUUACUGCCUGGGGAAACUGAGAAGCUGCCCUUGGUCUGAGCUCGAUGGGCUUCAGCCAGAGACUAAAAUCAUUAACGAACAGCUUGGAAAUAUCAACUUAAAGGGAUUUCUUACCAUAAACAGCCAACCAGCUGUAAAUGGGGCAAAAUCUGACUCUCCCUCUAUUGGAUGGGGUGGCCCAGGUGGCUAUAUCUAUCAAAAGGCUUAUGUCGAGUUUUUCUGCUCCACUGAUAAGUUGAAUGCUCUGGUUGAGAAAUGCAAGGGCUUUUCAUCCCUCACCUACAUGGCUGUGAAUCAAGAAGGGAGUUGGAUUUCCAACAUAAAGCAAACUGAUGUGAAUGCUGUAACAUGGGGUGUGUUCCCUGCAAAGGAGGUCAUACAACCAACUGUUGUAGAUCCUUCCAGCUUCCUCGUGUGGAAGGACGAGGCAUUUGAAGUUUGGUCUAAAGGCUGGGCACAGUUAUACUCGGAGGAUGAUGCAUCAAAGAAAUUGCUCGAAGAGGUGAAGAGCAGUUACUACUUGGUCAGCUUGGUAGAUAACGACUAUAUCCACAGUGAUCUCUUUGCUGUUUUUAAAGAUUUAUGAGAUCUGUAGCUUGACAGGUUGUGAAUCCCUUGAGCGACUGCAAGAAUCAACGGGGUCUUUGCUUGAUUGGUGUGCGGUUAUAAAGAUCAACAAACUUUACAUUUAUUUAGUCGGAACAACAUUAUGUUAUGAAUAACACAAUUCUUUGAAAGUUUGAAUUAUCCCUUCGCUUCACUAUGCAAACUGAAGAUGAAGUCCUAUCCUGCUACCAUCUCUGUAUUUUAAUUAGCUGCUAUGCCAGAGGCAAUCAUGUAUUCGUAACCUAUGGUCAUAUAUAUUCAACAGUGAAAGAAUUAUGUACUUUAUUCUUCA